AUGGAGUUGAUAAGAACAAAACAUGAUUUUAGUGACCAUGUUUGGGGUAUUGAAGAAACACCAGAGGAUGAAUCGGCUGUGAAUGAUGACUCAGCUGUCCAUGAUGAAGCCGCUGAGAGUGAUGAAGAUUAUCAUACUCCAAAAGGAUCAAAGAACCUAGGUGCUACAUCAAGCAGGGGUAAGAAGAGGCUUCCAGAUCGUGGUAUGGAGAAAAGGAAGCACAAGGUUCUCUCUAGUGGACCAAAGCAAGCACCUUUUAAUGAAGACAUGAAGGCUUUUGUGACACAGUUGUUUGAGCAAGGUUUCUCUGGAAUGGAACAGAGACUUCAAAAACAGAUGGCUGAGACAUUUGAGAAAAUGAAGACAGAGAUUGAAGAUUCCCGGAAGGAACCUAGCGCUGAAGUUGAGACAGAGAUUGAAGAUUCACGGAAGGAGCCUUCACCGAAGCAGUCUCCACCGAAGAAGCCUUCACUGAAGAAACCUUCACCUACCAAACCUUCGACGAGCCAACCACCGUUGAGGAGGUCCACACGCGGGGAAGCAUCCAAGAGUUCCUUUGAUGUGAAUUUUAGUGAAGAAGAUGAUAUCCCAGAGUUCAUAGAUACGCAAGGCGUUGAAGGGCUUUCUCAGACCUCGUAUGUGCCCGGCUUUGAUCCAUCUCAGACCAAUAAGAGAGACGAGUGGUGGACUCCAAGGACUUCAGUCAGAGAUUCAGAAGCUCCACUGCCGUCACAGUGGCAGAAAUGGAAUAAAGGAAAAGGACUUCAGCUUACUGAUUCACCAUUGCGCACAGAUGGUUCUCCGCAGUCGUCACUAUAUUAUUGCUCUGAAGAAUCAUGGAUAGGAUUCACGGAAUGGGUUAAGAAACCAAAACCUUUACCACUUGGUCCGUCAAUCUUAAAUUUGACUAUAGCUAAAAUGAUAGUAACUCCAGGAAAAUGGCUUGGCAACGAGGAAAUGGAUGCAUUUAUGUUUAUAUGGCGAGUUAACACAACUUUGAAGCGUUGGGGCCCGAGCCGUGUUGCUUUCAUGAGUGCUAUGUUCUGCCUCCAAAUCGAUGCUGCAUACAACAAGUUUAUUCGUGACAAAAAGGCCUAUGAAUUGCCUGAGUUUCUUCUUGGGUACGGCAGAGGAGAACUUCCAUCUCAUGGGCAGACUAAUUUAGUUUGGGGUGUGGAUAUUGAUCGUCUCUACUUUCCUUUGUUUGUGGAAGUGUUGGAUAGUGGUCGGGCAAGAAAUAGACAACAUGUUGAGAAGUUUGCUGCUCUGAUUCCUAGGAUAGUGAAGGCCGUUGGACCACCUGAAAGACAGAAGCAGCUACUCCUCAAAUCUUAUUCUAUCGUGGAUGUUCCUAUGAAGACGAGAUUGAACAAGUCUUGUUGUGAUUGCGGUGCAUACGCACUCAAGCACUUGGAAUGCCUUCUGUUUGGUAUCGACCUAAGUUUAGUUGAUGAUGAAAUAAUCAUGGGUUGCAGACAGAAGAUUGGUGUGGAUUUAUGGGAGGCUACACACGAUCCCAUUUACGCUGAGGCAAUGACACGAUAUGUACCUUCACCAUGGGAGAGAGAAGAGUCCUUUGAACUCGAAGAUUGA